GAAGCUCUGCCUCCAGCUGUGAUGUCAUGAUUUACCGGUGUGGUGAUUGAACACCGUGUUUUUCAAAAGUUGUUAUAAAACAACUCUCAAGCGGAGGCUUCACAUUCGUCAGAAGCAUGGAGGACGAAAGGAACUUACCCAAGAGGUCGUGGGACGCCUGCCGAGAGGUCCCCCCCCUGGAGGAUGAGCGGACGCCAUGGAAGAUGCUCAAGCUGCUGAAGGUCCUCUCCCUCUGUGUGGUGGCCGUGUUGGUGUUCGGACUGGCUCUGUGUAGCAAGACGUCGUUCCUCCUCCUCGUCACUUUGUCUAACGAGGGCACCAAGACUCUCCCCGAUGGACAGAAACCCGUCGCCCUGCUCUGCAUCGGCUGCGUUCUCAUCGCCUCCAGCUUGCUUCUCCUGCUGAAGAGCGUCUGGAAGGCGUGUCACAAAUCCUCAAAGAUGCCGGACAAAAGAACUGUGGCUUUGGUUCUGUUCUUUGAGUUCCUGGUGGCUAUGGGUGCAGCGAUUCUCACCAUUGUGGCAAUGCCCCACCUGGACAUAGUGACCAACGUGACGAUACUGAACGGCGUAGCCGUGCUCUCCACGCUCCUGCAGGUGAUCACGCAGUGCACCGCCAAGCAAAGGAACCGCUUCCUGGUGCCGUCCAUCACCGCCUUCCUCCUCAUUUUGCUCGGCUACGUGCUGUUCCUCCUCUUGUACAUCACAAAGGAUCCCACUGACACCCGGAGGAACAUCUGGGCGGGUCUGGCAGUCGGAGGGUCCUUCUUGAUGUCUUUUAACUGGUGGGAGAACUACUUCAAGCUGAUCAGCGAGAACCGGCAGACCAGCGAGAAAAGCAACCCUGGCUUCCUUGAAGUCUUGUGUAUAGACGUGAAAGAGUGCCAGAACGUUCUGCACAUCCUCUCCAGCUUGCUCAGGAUCGCGGUGACCGCCGGCGUGCUCGGAGCCUACGUCCCUCUGGACAAAAUGGACUGGGCCAUCGUCACCUCCAUCCCGAGCCGUGAGACAAGGAUUAUAGGCAUCAUCAUCGGAGUCCAGCUGAUCUCCUCCGCACUCUGCCACUGGUUUUCCUUGGUGGCCUGCAAGAUGCACGCCAUGCGGCGAUGCUUCAUCCUGCCUUUGUACCUGGCGUCUCUGGCCGCCAUGGUCCUCUUCGUCGUCCCAGUUAUUGUUUUCCAUCAAAACUACAGAAACAGUUUGAACGGGACUCAAAGUUCCAACUUCAGAGGCUACUGCAACGACGUUGUGGAUGCAAGAAACCAAAGUCUGAGCGGCAACGUGUUCCCAGAUCUGGUUCGGGACGUCACUCACACUCUGUGCUUCCUGGACUUGUCCAGGAUAUAUGACAUCGGCCUGCUGACAGGCUCGGCGGCGUGCUGGUGCAUCGGCCUGGUUUUGGCCACUCUGCACCUCUGGUUCCUCAGUCUGUUUCGCAUCCAGAGGACUCAGGACCUGUUCGUCAGGAGGCUCUACGAGGGAGCAUUCAUAGAGCAGUCCCUGCUUCUGAACACUCGAUUUGACAUCCAGACGACGGAAAAGCAAAAGCAAUUCAAAUCACUAGACCCGGUGAAAGUCUUCCUCUGCGCGACCAUGUGGCACGAAACGCCCGACGAGAUGAUGAAUAUCCUCAUUUCCAUAUUUCGACUGGACAAGUACAGGCCAAAGAAGGAAGGAGAAGCUGGCGAUGUCACGUUUGAAGGCCACAUCUUCUUCGACGACGCCUUCACAGAUGUUGCCGGUAGCCGGGGGGCCCACGUCAACCAGUACGCUGAGAUGCUUGUGAACAUUAUCGCAGAAGUUUACAGCAUCUUCUUGAACAUCAAUAACGACCUCUUCACAAAGAAGCAGCAGAUCCCGGAUCAGACGAUUGUGGCAACGCCGUAUGGAGGACGUCUGGUAGUCACCAUGCCACAUGGGAACACCUUAACGGUUCACUACAAGAACAAGAAGCUCAUCCGCCACAAGAAGAGAUGGUCCCAGGUCAUGUACUUGUACUAUCUCCUGGGAUGGAAAGUUUCAACCAAGUAUUUCAAAAGGUGGGGGAAAGGGGAGGAGGAUGUUGAGGUGAAAAAUGAGUUUGAGAGGGAGAAGAAGAACACCUACAUCCUGGCUCUGGAUGGGGACACAGACUUCACGCCGGCCGCCGUGAUGCUGCUCAUCGAUCGCCUGAAACUGUACCCGCAGGUCGGGGCGGCCUGCGGCCGGAUUCACCCCACCGGCUCAGGGCCCGUCGUUUGGUACCAGAAGUUUGAAUACGCCGUCGGACACUGGCUUCACAAGACGGCCGAGCACGUGUUCGGCUGCGUGUUCUGCAGCCCCGGCUGCUUCAGCCUGUUCAGAGCCGAGGCGCUGAUGGACGACAACGUGAUGAAGAAAUACACCGCCGUGUCCUCUCAGGCGCAACACUACAUCCAGUACGACCAAGGAGAGGACCGCUGGCUGUGCACUCUGCUGCUGAAGCAGGGUUGGAGGGUGGAGUACAACGCGGCCUCGGACGCCCACACCAACGCCCCGGAAGACUUCAAAGAGUUUUACAACCAGCGUCGCCGCUGGGGGCCGUCAACUAUGGCCAACAUGGUGGACCUGCUGGGCUGUGCCACUGUGAUCUCCAAGAAGAACACGUCCAUUUCAAAGGUCUACAUGCUGUACCAGCUCAUCAGCCUGGUGGCGUCCAUUCUGGCACCUUCCACCGUCAUCCUUAUGAUCGCAGGUAGUUUGACUGUGCUGCUCGAUGUUCACCAGAACGUUUCUCUGGUCCUGGCUGUGAUACCUCCAGCUAUCUUCCUCGGCGCCAGCUUCAGAAUCAAGGCGGACACUCAGAUCCUCGUUGCUGCGAUCCUGAGCAUCCUGUACGCGUUCCUCAUGAUGGUAUCGGCAAUCACCAUAAUAGGGACCAUGGUGAAGGACCAAACCAUCCUGACUCCCAGCAGUCUCUUCCUCAUCUUCCUCGCCCUCUUCUACGUCAUCACUGCAUUGCUCCACCCUCAGGAGAUUGGCCUGGUGUUCUACGGCUUUAUUUACAUCAUCUGCAUCCCCAGCGCCUACCUGCUGCUCUCCAUCUACUCCAUGGUCAACAUGAACAACGUGUCCUGGGGCACCAGGGAGACGGCGCCUGCCGCCAGAGACCAGGCCGCCUCGCAAACCAAAGCCGAGAAAGUCCGGAGCACCAUCGCGCGGUUCUUCUCGCGGUCCAAGUGCUGCAGGAGACUGUGUCUGACGGACGCAGCAGACGAGCGAAUCCUCAGCCGGGACGUCCCGAGCGAGGAGCCCGAGCCUCGACCCCAGAACACCAUCGUGGAGGAGGCGGGGCGGCCUGAGGAGCAGCCGAGGCGAAGCACCACUGUAGCCCCCCCUCACCAAAACUGGGUCGCACAGCUGCAGAGUUUAUCCAAUGACAUGAAUCUUAGCGAGGACAAACUGGACGAGGAGGAGGGGCAGUUCUUCAGAGAGCUCACCAGCAAAUACCUGCAGCCCGUUCCCGAGGACAAAGGGAAACAGGAAAUAAUGAUUAAUAAACUCAGGGAGUUGAGAAACAAGAUGACCUUCGUUUACUUCAUAAUCAACGCCUUCUGGCUCGUGGUGACCUUCACUCUCCAGUUAUUAGACUCGAGCGUCUUCAUCAGGGUGCCAAAAAUCAACUUUGACCUUGAGUAUACGGGAGAGUACAUCUUCAUCGACCCCGUGGGCUUCAUGUUCAUCCUGUCCUUCGCCCUACUGGUGGUGAUCCAGUUCUUCGGCAUGUUGUACCACAGAAUGAGCACCCUGAUCCAUUAUGUGGCCUUCCUGAGUACAGAGCCCAUGUCUACCAAGCAAAACCAUCAUCAGCCAAUUAGAAAGAUCGUUGACGGAGAAAGCGAGGACUUCGAUGACCUCAGCUUUCAAGGUGACUUUCGCCGGCGCUUCAACACUGGAACUUUGGUGUGA